UUCCAGAAUUUAAAUGUCCACCUAAAAGAACACGAACACUGGUGGCGUCAAGACAAACUGCCAUCAUACGUUCUGCAAGCUUCCGCCAGGUUACGCCUGCAACCGGUUGCAAGUGGCGCAACGAAGAGUGCGACUGAAGGUGUCGUGUGGGUUGCAUCCGAAGGCGGACUGUCCUUUCGUAAGGCAUGGAAUUCUGUUGGUAGUGGUCAGUCGUGGUGUUGUUUACAAAUGGCUGCCGAUUGGUGCGAAGUUUGGUUCGCUACAUAUGACGGAGAAAAAAGCGGGGUGUGUGAUCGUGCAAUUUCAUUAACAAUGUUUUGCAGAUUAUGCAUUUUGAUUUAUUUUCAACAAUUGUUUUUUAGUAUAUUUGCUAACAAUUACUUCAUAAAUUGGAGCAUUGCUACAGACAGAAUAUUAGGAAGAAAAGAACGCAAUGUUCAAUACCUCGGAUAUAAAAAAGAUACAGUUUUAGAUUGUGACUUGCUGGAAGGAAUUUGUGAUAUCAACUGCUGUACAGACAAGGAUUGUACUGAUGAACAAAUAAAUUUAUUUUCGUGCUCUGCAGCAAAGGAAGAGUCCUAUUUGGAUAUAUGUGGCCUACAGGAAGAUCUAGCACCUUUCUUUGAAUGUGUGAACUUGAAUUCUCCCUACAUAGGUGAAUUUUAUAUUAACAAAAAGAAAAUCCAAAAGAUUGACACAUUUAAAAAUGAAAUCAAAAUGCAGCGAAAGAAACAUUAUAAUUAUGCCCAAGAUCAUCAUUACAAUAUCAUGGAAAACAGUGCAAGAGGUUAUAAGUAUGGGUUGCCAUUGAGAACUGUUUCAUCAACUGUAGACAACAACAUUGUUCCAAGAAGAAUAGAGAACUUAAAAUUGCCAGAUAAUGUGUUGCAAGUAUUUGAUGGCGUGUGUUCUGAUUAUUCAGUAUUUUUUCUAAUGAAUCGUAACUCUCGUUGUGUUAGGCAAAUAUCAAAAAAUCUUUGUGAACAGUCAACUAACUUUUUCCUUUCUAGAUACUUAGUAUUUGAUGCAUCAAGUAAUGUUAGUUCCAAAUAUAGUUUUCCCCAGUUGCUGAGUAAUGUUUCUGAAUUACAUCCUGUGCAAACCUCUGUGAAAUAUAUUUGUUUAAACAAUGGUUCUUCUUAUAUUACUAUUUUACAAAACAAUUUCAAGAAAAUGACUAUUCAUCACAGAACACAUGUAGAUAAUAACCAAGAUGUUGAUGAAUGUGAAGGGGAUGUUGAGACUUUAAUGAAGACCUUUUAUAAUGACACAUCAGAUACGUGCCACAAUGUUUUAGUUGAAGUGUAUUACACAUUUAUUUGGAACGGUAGUAAUAUUCUGAAAAUGGAUGCUAAUUAUCUAUUAGCUACAGUGCCAUCAGUGUAUAAGUCAAGUGAGUUAGACAGUGAAACUGAUAAAUCUCAGAAGGAGGAUAAUACUUCGCAACAUUCAUCUCCCAACAUUGGCGUGCCAAGCAUUUAUGUCACCCAAAAAUUCCAUGUUCAAUUCAUUCACACUGAACAAAUAACAGUUAAAAAUGAAACAAGUAAAGAAUCUCUGUUAAUUCGAUCAGGAAAACCAGGUUACAACAUCGAUAGUGACAUCUUCAUUAUUGACUUGGUUCAUGCAGGAAAUUCUUCUUCAUCAUAUGAAGAAAAUGUUCUUCAGCUCUGGAAAACAGGUAAGUAAUGUUUGAGUUAAUCAUUCAAAUAUAGUGCAUGUUAUAAAGUUUUAUGAACUGUUAAUAAUGAUCAACAUCUAGUUUUUAUCAUAAAUUACACUAAGAAAUGGUACCCAAUGUUGCAAAUUUGACUCACAAAAUUUAUUCAAAUCUCCAAAAUAAUCUACUGAUACCUUUCUUUUAAUAAAAUUGCUGGAAUGAAAAAAUGAAUUGAAUGAAUUUAGUCUAUUGUUAUAUAGAAUAAUGUAGUAAUGGCAUGAAGAUAUUUGUACUAAAUUAAAAUUACUUAUACCAUUUAUUUUCUUAUAAAUCAUUAAGUAACACAACUAGUUUUGGUAUCUCUUUUCUUAACCUUUCUCAAAACUGCAUAUUUAAUUGGUUUUUCUUAAUUAGAUUGUCGUCUGAUAGUCUCAUGUCCUGUGAAUUCUUGCACAUCGUAUAUCAAUCCAUAUUUAAUAUGGAUUGAUUCAUGAUUGAACAUAGAAUUUAUUCCUGAGGGUAGUAAAGUUUUUUGAUUCUUAUUUUUGAUUGUUCUGAUUUCAUGAAAUUACGAUUACCAUGUAUUAAUAGUAAGAUAACAUUUGCACAAACAAUGCCGUUUCUGAUUUUUAAUAGGAAGUAAAGUUUGUCUUUUCACACUUUUUCAACUGAAUAUACUUAUAGAUCCAUUAAUGGAAGAUUUGAUUUUACAUGACAAAGAAUGGAAUUUUCUUCAACCAUCCUUUCAUUUUAUUUUUAUUUUUAUUUGCCCCCAGAAAUGCCUUUUGGUUUUGAAUAAUCUUAUUUACUAGGUAGUAAAAGAAGAAUACAAACUGAUAAGAAAUAGACAAUCUCUUGGUUGUACAGAGGGCAAAGUUUAUGUAAACUGUAUAUCUUGACUUCAAAUUUAUAAUUAUGUAUUUGGUGCAGGUUCUUGAAUUUAGAUUAGUUAAAACAAAUUGUCCAAUGGUUCCUGAUUUGGCUUUGUAGGUUUCAUGAAUUUAGCCUUCCAGCGCUAAAUAUCUCAUGGCCUAAGUGUAUCUUACUGAAGCUCUGAUGACUGACACACAAAUAAUUUUACCUCAUUAACCAAUUUUGUAAUUUUAAAACUUGAAGGAUGUAAUAAACUAUUUCUUCAUGUUUAAAAACUUUUGGGUAAAAAAAAAA